ACUUCCUGGUCAGUCUUCCUGACGUGUGUUGGUUGGACCGGAGACCUCACGCGCCCUUUACCGAACAUCCCUGCAACUGUCCACUUUAUUAGCGACUGAAACACGUCAGUGUCCACUCCUAACAUACUCACCUACACACACACACCUACAAUAUGCUGAAACCUGGUAUUUUGGUGGACGUUUCGUCUUCUAGCACUCUCUGAACCGUGGGAAGUGUAGAGGGUGACAAUGUCACGGCAACGUUCAAGAUCCCCUCUGCAUUCAAGAACCUCCUCUCUGCUCGGAAGGCGAGAUGGAUAUUACGGUGAGCAGUACCACCACGCAGCGGUGCAUUCGGAUCCGUGGAGAGGUUCGGAAAAUGUCGACAACAGAAACGCAGAAAGCGGCGUACGCUGGGAUAACGGCUCCUCUCAGUCAGAGGAGCAGGUGGACCACUGGGCCAAGUUCAUCGAGGCCAUAGGUCGUGCCGAAAAGCGGAAAGCUUCUUCGUCCAUGUCGAGGUACCACGUGCAGGACGGCAUCCAGCCUUAUCACCAAGACUCGGUACGCUCUCCCAGACAUCUGCCCAGGGAGAGGUUGUCUUCUCCGGAAGCUUUGCACUACAACAUGGAAUCACAUCAGAGGAUUCAGUCUCCAGGCCAGAGGAGGAACAAACAUGAUGACGUUCAUGGAGACAGACGCUAUUCGAGAAGUUCAAGUCCUAGGCAUUUGCAAGGAAAGAGAAACGACAGAAUGGAGCACGGAUAUCAUAACGAAGAACAUGAAGAUCGAUAUGAAAGAAGCUCCUAUAGCGAGAGGUCACUGAAGUCAAAUUAUAUGGAGCAUCAACCACAUUUUAAACGAUUCCAAGAUUUGGAUCCACAGGAGGAAUAUGCUGUGUCACACAGGAGCUUGAGUCCACAUCGUGCCCCUCUCAUAGUGGAGCAUGAUCAUGGAAUCCCAAAGCAUGAUGCAAGGAUCCACAAUCCAGGUAGGGAACGAGAACGAACUACGAGCCGCGAUCCAGCUAGGCAGCGAGGAGAUCCGCGGAACCACGAUCCAAGUAGAGACCAUGAGCGUCCAAGGAGCCGUGAUCCAGUUAGAGACAGAGAGCAACCAAGAAUCGGUGACCCUGUUCGGGACCGGGAGCAUAUGAGGAACCGCGAUCCAGUUAGCCUCCGAGAGCAUUUAAGGAGCCAUGAUGCAGUUCCCCAGCAAGAGCAUUCAAGAAGCCAUGAUCCAGGUAGGGACCGAGAGUACCCAAGGGCCGGUGGUCCAGUCAGACACCAGGAGCAUGCGAGGAACCAUGAUCCAGUUAGGGAUCACAGAGAGCAUCCAAGGAGCCGUCAUCUUCUGAGAACCGGUGAUCUACCAAGAGACAGAGAUUAUCCGAAAAUCAGCGAACCACAAAGGGGGAGAGAUCCCACCAGGGAAAGAGAAUCAUCAAGAAGCAACGAGCUCUUUAAACAUGGAAGGGAUUAUAACCAACAGCAAGGAACAUCCCAUGAUGGCCCCAGCGGUUCAUCAAAUUAUCACAUACGGGAAGACGCAAGAUUCCGUACCUCCUCGGCUGAAAGAGGAAGUCCCUUGCGAGGGAUGAGACAUCUCAAGGAGCAACCUAGGAUUGAAUCACUUUUAAGAGAGCCCCAUGGACAAAGGGCAGUGAAUGAUCAAGACUUCAGAAUGGAUGAGAGCAAUAGGGCAAGACCCUAUGUCAGUGACUGGGAGGACGAGACGCAACCUAGAGGGAAUCAUGGUGGAGUGCUGGGACAAGGAAACAUUCUGAAAGGAAAUCCUCCACAAAGGAACACGAAUCAUUCUGGAGCUAGAACGGAUUUAGCCAGUCAUGAGACUCUCAAGAUCAAAGUGGACAUGAGUCGUCCUGUGGGCCACAGCAGCCUCUUAGGCUAUUCCUCUGAAAGGCAGUUAUCACUCGAUUUGGUCAAUGUGGGUCGACAGCGCCUCGAUUUCCUGCCCAUGCUGGAGCAUUCCGGAACGUUUAGGGAGACGGCAAUGCACUCUGGGACCUUUGCCCAAGAGAUAAUCACUCUGGUGCAUCAUGUCAAAGAAAAUUAUUUUAAGGGUCAAGGCAUCACACUGAACGAGCGCUUCAGUAAUGAGCAAGAGUAUUCUAUGGCGGAUGAGUUUGCAGACGAAGAGCAAGAGAUGGAGGGCAUCGGGUCUGUAGUAAACAGGCCACUCAGUUCCUCAUCUUUAGACACACAGAUCUUCUGCAAGAUUGGGCCGUUGCAGUCACAGAGGAAGCCACAUGUUCCUGCACCUGGAGAUCUCAGGCAUGACCUGGAGAGGAAAAGACAGGAGAGGCUAGAAGGUGUAAAGAUCACUAUCGCUGGGGGGAACUUCUCUCAGAUACUUCCUCAGAGUCAGGAGACCGAGGCUGUGUAUACGGGCGAUGAAGACCCUCCUGAAGCAGACUGGGACGAGGAGGUGCCUGAGCAGCCGGAGCACUGGCAGGACGAACCUCAUCCCAAAAGACCGGCUCAGAAUUUCAACGCCAGGCGGAAUUUCAAACGGACCCGCAAUCGGCAUGGUGUACGCCUGAAGAGGACUGCAAAUAACGGUCUUCCAGGCACCCGGUGGUGAGGAACGGGAAAGAAGUCAAGCUCCAUCAUGAGUAGUUCUCCAAGCUUUGAACAUGAGUUAUAUUCUGUCAUUUAUGUAAAAUUUCACUGUUCAGUCCUCAUAAGUUUCUCAUUAAUAAUUUCAUACUUCACUCAUCAACAUCUUGAAGGAACCCUGGACUCUAUAGCAUUCUUUUUAAGACCAUUACAUGCUCAGUUAAUCAGUUUCACAUGCAGCACCAACAUGGACGGAUGUCACCAGCAAUCCCCGUCACCGUGGCCUGAUAACAUUUAAUCCCUCUCCUCAAUAAACAGCUCUAAAAUCAUCACACCCUGAUUAUAUUCACCGUGAUGUUAAGAUCCAGAGUAUAUUGUUUAUAUUAAAGCAUUUAAUUUUCUUUAGGUCCACCCUGUGCCUUUUUUCUUUUGUCAUUGUCUUUUAAUCAGUUUUAUGUGAAACAGCUGUGUUUAUGUUGAAGAAGCUUCUUCUAAAGUUGUACAUAUAGUUUUGUAAGAAAUAAAUAUAACCAACAAUGGUUUAUCUGUUUGAAA